GCCAGGGGGCGCUCGCGGAAUCCCGGCGGGACCGUGCGCCACGUGGCCCGGAAACGCGCUGGACGCCUGCGCCGCGAAGCCCUGCGAGGUGGGCCGCAAGCUGGGCGCGCAGGGCCGCGCGGGCCGCUGAGGGAGGCUGCGCCCGAGUGGGAGCCGGGAGGGGCCAGGCGGGCGGCGCGGGGCCCUGACCUGCCCUCCCGCUGGACGCGGCAUGUUGCCCUGGACCCCCCGGCGGUGUGGCGCGGGCAAGGAGCAGGUGCCCGAGGAACAAGGCCCCUCGGCGGGCAGCGACCCCGGCCAGGCCUGGGACUCUGGAGAGGAAGCCCUGCGGGAGCCAAGAACAACCCCACAGGACAGUCCUCAGGCCUGGUCUCGAAGGCCUUCCUGGACCCGGAAAGAACAGCUGCUGCCUCGGCCGCCCCCAGGCCUGGCUGCCGAGCGGUCCCCGGGAACCCCAGUUCCCCUCUCCCCCCAGAUGACCUGGGAGGUGGCCCCGUCAAGGAUGAGCCUGCUGGCGCCAUGGGACCCCAACUGUGAGGCUAAACCGGGACCUCGGCUGGUGUGGGGGCUCAGCCGGGAGUCAGGCACCUCCUCGGGCCAGACCUUGCGCCAUCCCUCUUUCUGCCUUCUGUACGAGGCAGCCUCAGGCAGAGGCCUCAGGCCUAGUCUAGAAGGACGUCAGAGUGGAGAGCAGGCACCCAGGGAGGCAGGGUUCCCGGUGAUGUGCUGUGAAGAUGUCUUUCUUUCCGACCCUCUGCUGCCCUGUGGGCAGCGUGUUCCCCUGUACCUGUCUCAGGCCCGUCAGCAGGUGAGCGCUCUUCCUGCCCUGGCCUCACCCCAGCCUUCACGCAGGGUGGGGAGGGGCCACUUGCCUCUGCUCUCUCCUCAGGUGAUGGGCUCGCUGAAGCUGCCGCUGCCACCCCCAGGCGUGUCCCCCAGGGUCCUCCCCACCCCGCCCUCUGGCUGCUCCAUCGCCUGGCUCAGUGGGCCUGAGCUGAUCGCCCUCACUGGCCUCCUGCAGAUGAGCCAGGGGGAGCCAAGACCCAGCUCCCCGGGGGCUCCCCUGCCCCCUGCUGGCCCCCCAGACCCUGCUUCUGAUCACCCAGGUGCCAGUGGUGGCCAGAGCUGUUCUCACUGCACGGACCCAUCUCUCCCGCGGGCCCCAGACAGCCAAGGUCCAUAGCCCCUCCGGGGGAGAGUGGGCCCCCUACUUCCCCAGGCAGGUUCUGUUGACAAUAAAACAGUGUUGGUUUGCAAACAGGCUCCU